ACAUCCAUCAGCAUCCUCUCUCCCCUUUUCCCUCUCCUCUGGUCUUUUCUUCUUCCUCCCCUUCCGAUGCCGCAACCCGCAACACCGAUUCACUGCUCGAAUCUCCGUCGACUUCACUCAAAUCGCGUAAAGUUGUAAACUUUGUGCACAUCGCAGCAAUGGGUGUCGGGGGGAAUUUCUGGGACCUCCUGAAACCCUACGCCCGGCACGAGGGGUUCGGGUUCUUGAGGAACAAGCGGGUCGCCGUCGAUCUGUCUUACUGGAUUGUCCAGCACGAGACCGCAAUCAAGGCGGCACAUGCCCGGAAACCCCAUCUCCGGCUCACCUUCUUCCGCACCAUCAACCUCUUUUCCAAGUUUGGAGCAUUUCCGGUUUUUGUUGUUGAUGGUACACCAUCAUCUCUAAAAUCAAGGGCGAGGAUCACAAGGUUCCUCCAAACUUCCGGUAUUGAUCCGUCAAGUUUUCCAACGGCAGAGGGAGGUGACUCAGUGGAGAGGAACGGGGCAUUCAAAAAGUGUGUGAAAGAAUGUGCAGAACUGCUGGAACUACUUGGCAUUCCUGUGUUGGAGGCAAAGGGUGAGGCUGAAGCCCUCUGUGCCCAGCUGAAUAGUGGAGGUUUUGUUGAGGCUUGCAUAACAGCUGAUAGUGAUGCAUUUCUCUAUGGGGCAAAGUGCGUCAUAAAAUGCAUCCGUCCUAAUUCCAAAGAACCGCUGGAAUGCUACUGUAUGUCAGAUAUUGAAGCAGGUCUGGGAUUGAAGAGGAACCACUUGAUUGCCAUCGCUCUAUUGGUAGGAAACGACCACGAUUUAAAUGGAGUCCACGGUGUUGGUCUUGACACAGCUAUUCGAUUUGCCAAAUCUGGUAGCGAAGAAGAGAUACUUAAAAGGUUAGAUGAAAUAGCUAGCGGUCAAAGGCUUCUGUUUGAUGGCGAUGUGGAAUCAGGCGAUGAUCGAUCUCACUUACACAGUUCAGACGAAAUCUCACCAAAUCGAAGGCAAUCUCACUGCUCCUUCUGUGGGCAUCCUGGGUCCAAGAGAGCCCAUUUCAAGUCGUCUUGUGCAUAUUGCAUCAAUGGUAUUGGUGAUGGAUGCACCAGAAAGCCCGAAGGAUUUAGAUGUGAUUGCGCCCCCUGUGAUGAGGACCGGAAAAUGAAGGAACUGAAGAAGCGUGAGAGUUGGCAAAUGAAAGUUUGCAGCAAGAUCGCCUUGAGAUCAAAUUUCCCGUACCAUGAGAUAAUGGAAAUGUAUUUGUCCAACAACCAUGGCUAUUUCGACGAGAAUGAGGGUCCGCAUAUGUCUUGGGAAAGCCCCAAAAUCGAGAUGCUGAUCGACUUUCUAUCUCUUCACCAAAACUGGGAGCCGUCCUAUAUUCGACAGAAGUUGUUCUCUAUGUUAUCCACCAUAUAUCUACGAGACAAGGCCAUGGACAGGGGAGAAGAUCUGCUUCAUGGCCAGUAUGCGUUUGACUCUAUCCAGCGUGUGAAGAUGAGAUAUGGGCAUCGGUUUUUUGUAGUUAAGUGGAAAAGAGCUGCAAAUGAUUUUGCUGGUAGUACCAUCUACAGAGUCCAUGCUGAACAGGCUUCUUUGGAGCCACAGGAGUUUGAUGAAGUUGAGGAAUUGGUUGAUCUUUUGGACGAGACUGACGUUCCACUAGUCCAUGUAGAUGAUGGUAAUUGUUUUCUGUUGUCCGAUGAAGAUAUGGAGCUUGUAAGAGCCGCAUUUCCCCAAGAGGCCGACCGAUUUUUGCAGGAAAAGGAGUUGAAAGAGGCAAAAUCAAAGAGACGAAAAAGCUCUGGCUUAAUAAUGGAAGGGACAGAAUCGGAAUCACCGAAGCCGAGAGGUGUCCAAUUAAGCAUCACUGAGUUCUAUAAAUCGACCAAAGUGCAUAACCAGCAGAAGCCGGGAGAUGAUGAUUUGAUAAAAAGUCCAGAAAAAGGGGGAUCCGCUGCAAAGGAGAAGCGGAAAGGGUCAGGUUCGAAUCUUCCGAAGUCGGUGAGGCGCCGUCUUCUGUUCAAAUGAUGAUGCAUCAGCAUUCCGAACCCAAGUAAAUAUUUAGUUUUGGGCUUCAAGUGAUGAUGCAUCGGCAUCCCGAAUUCGAGUAAAUAUUUAGUUUAGGAGUAACUGAGACUUCUAACCCUUUCGAAAGCUCUGUUCUUGCUUCGUGAAGCCAACUGGAAAUACUUGCAGAGAUAGCAUAAAUCUCCUCCCUCCGUUCACAGCUUGGUUUCAUGGUCAUUGUAAAUGUAAGUCUGCAUACGCUUUUGGUUCGGAAUGUUCACAGCUUUGGUUUCGUGGUUUUUGUCAAUAAAAGUCUUUAUCAAUUUUGUCUA